AUGCGCGGACUGUUCGGCCCGCAGCUCUUCGACCGCCCUUCGAGCGGCCGCAUCGCUAUUCCUUACUUGUUCCUUGGCUCAGAAAAAAGCGACACCCUCCAGUACGUAAAAAGAGUGGGGGAGAACCCAGGGGGAGAAGCCGCCCCAGCCAAUCCUGGAGGAGAAGCCAAUCCAGGAGGAGAAGCCGUCCCAGCCAAUCCAGGAGAAACCAAUCCAGGAGGAGAAGCCGUCCCAGCCAAUCCAGGAGAAGCCGUCCCAGCCAAUCCAGGAGAAGCCGUCCCAGCCAAUCCAGGAGAAGCCGUCCCAGACAAUGGGGAUUUCGGGGGCGGCAUUGGAGACUUUUUUGAAAGCCCAUUGGAUCAAUUUGCCAUUUACCCAAUAAUUGAUCUUCAUGUGGGCAACUUUUAUUUUACAUUUACAAAUGCAGUCUUGUAUAUGCUGCUCACUGUCGUUUUGGUCGUUUUUCUGUUUUUUGUUGUUACGAAAAAGGGAGGUGGAAAGUCAGUGCCAAAUGCAUGGCAAUCCUUGGUCGAGCUUAUUUAUGAUUUCGUGCUGAACCUGGUAAACGAACAAAUAGGUGGUCUUUCCGGAAAUGUGAAACAAAAGUUUUUCCCUCGCAUCUCGGUCACUUUUACUUUUUCGUUAUUUCGUAAUCCCCAGGGUAUGAUACCCUUUAGCUUCACAGUGACAAGUCAUUUUCUCAUUACUUUGGCUCUUUCAUUUUCCAUUUUUAUAGGCAUUACGAUCGUUGGAUUUCAAAGACAUGGGCUUCAUUUUUUUAGCUUCUUAUUACCUGCGGGAGUCCCACUGCCGUUAGCACCUUUCUUAGUACUCCUUGAGCUAAUCUCUUAUUGUUUUCGUGCAUUAAGCUUAGGAAUACGUUUAUUUGCUAAUAUGAUGGCCGGUCAUAGUUUAGUAAAGAUUUUAAGUGGGUUUGCUUGGACUAUGCUAUUUCUGAAUAAUAUUUUCUAUUUCAUAGGAGAUCUUGGUCCCUUAUUUAUAGUUCUAGCAUUAACCGGUCUGGAAUUAGGUGUAGCUAUAUCACAAGCUCAUGUUUCUACGAUCUCAAUUUGUAUUUACUUGAAUGAUGCUACAAAUCUCCAUCAAAAUGAGUCAUUUCAUAAUUGAAUAAAAACGAGGAGCCGAAGAUUCUAGGGGGCUACAGCUGCGCUUUUGCAGCACUGAACAUGGUUCCGGGUACUCAAGAUAUUGCGUUUGUGUUUGGAGAGGUGUAGAUUGUAGAUUCCAGCCGAGAAGACCAGGAAAAGAUAAGGAUAAAGAAUGUCAUAUAUCUCAGGAGCUAGAUCACUUCCCGAUGAACAAGUAAGAAUUGCCUCAACAAAAAUGGAUGGAAUUGGACCGAAAAAAGCCAUUCAGCUUCGUUAUCGAUUAGGUAUCAGU